AUGUGGUGGCUUUUCCAGGUCCUGCUUAGCGCCCUGUUCCUGCUAAGCAUCGUUCUCUCCGUCCCCAUCGCGUUCGAUGUUGGCGGUCGGGACAGUGGCCUCGCCUACAGCCUCGCUCUCUUCUACUACUACCUAGGCUACUCGACGAUAAGAGCGGCCACAAGCGAUACCCGAGCCGGGCGGACCAUCAGUGCCGUCCUGCGCCUCUCGCAAUGGGUCAUUAUACCCGCCCUACUUAUCUGGGCCCUCGAUCGCUUCGCCGUCGACGCCGGGGGAGCGACCUGGGUGGAGAGGACAUUCGAGCAGUUCGUGCAGCAAAAGCCUGCCACCUGGUCUGAAUGGGUAAAUGGCGUCGUAGAGACGGUGACGCUCGGUGGGUGGGAUAAGACUCUGCGAUAUUCCAUUCCCGUUUUCCAGCUACUGGAGGGGUUCUGCACCCUCCUUGUCAUUCAAGCUGCUGGGCAGAUGACGAAGUGGCUUAUUAACCAGGGGCGAAGCGAUACUUGGAUGAUCGUCCUCUUGGCCCUCUCGGGUUCCAUCAUCGCGAGUGCUGUCUACUUCCUGUGGCGUGUUGCCCAGUUUCCCCACAUCAGCAAUAUCGACGCUACACUUAUUGGCAUCACCAUGACCACGGCCUUUUUCUUAUGCACAUUUGGCAUUACGAGUGGGAAGGGCAACCCGGUCGAGUCCUCUCUCCUCUUUGCCUACGUCGUGCUCUGUGUAUACCAAAUAUUCACAGACUAUCUCCCUCCGACGGAUUGGCGGAGCAUACAAACUCAGCCGACUCGCAGCCAGAAUUUCCUCCCCUACCUCCCAUCAUCAUGGCUUCACAACCACAGCGUCUGUUAUCAUUUCUCUUUGUACCGAAUUAUCGUCUUUUACUUCGCAACCCGCAUCAUUCCUGCCGUGCGCGAGUACGGUGCCCAAGCAAUCAUUGAAGAUUCGCCGCUUGAAGACUCGGAGGGCGCGAAUAAGCUCCUUGAGCUUCUCUCUUGGUUCGCGCCUUCUAUCCUAAUUGCGAUUUACACCAGCUUGCUUUUGCAGCAUUUUACCGUCAGCGAUGGGCCGGACGGGUGGACUCUGCGCGGAGGAGACGCGGCUGGAGGCAACCUAUGGCGAUGGGUCAAUGUGGCGGCGACCAUGGCCCUCUACACUCUCGAGCUCUAUCUCGGUAACGACGAGACGAAUCACUGGAAGGCCGAGCUCGGACUGCAUGUCUCCAAGAAGACCAUCCCCAUGGCGGGGCUGCUUGUCGAUGUUUACGGGCUGGAGGAGCUGUCGACCCCGGUCCGCGCCACCCAAGUCACUUGCCUAUGGCUGCACCACCCGCGCUUACAGACGAGGGCCAUCAUGGGCGCCUUUGGGCGCCGCGCCGUGGACGCGUGGAAUGAAAAGCGCCGGUCGGCUAGGCCUGACAGCACCGCGGCAAGCCGGGGACUCGUGGCCUUGGCAUUCGACCAGCGGAAUCACGGAUCUAGGCUGGUGGAUGAGCUGGCGAACGAAUCGUGGAAGAAGGGCAACGAGACGCACGCGCUGGACAUGAUGGGCGCGGUGCGGGGCAUGUUGAUGUUUGCGGACCCGAGGGUCACGGUGGGAGUCAUGGUCAUCGGCUGCCCCGAUUACAUGUCCCUGAUGUCGAACCGGGCUCGAAAGUCCAAGCUACCCACUUACAAGCCGGAAGACGAUGGGACGUCCUUUCUCGGCAGCCGGCACUUUCCCAGGGAUCUCGUGGAAGUGUGCCGCUCCGCCGAUCCCAAGGGCCUCGUGUUUGGGACCACCGGCUGCGAUGCCGCGCCGCAGGAACCCCGCCAGGAAGAGAUUGCCCAGUUCUUUGACCGCACGAUCAAGGGCAAGAAGUUCCUCGCGUGCUCGGGCGGCGCAGACAAGCUGGUGCCGCACAGCGUAUCGGAGCCCUUUAUGAAGUUCUUCCAAGCGGCCGUUAAAGGUUGGUACAAGGACGGGGGCGUGUCGGUGGAGGAUAGGGUGUAUGAGGGCAUCGGGCACUCGUUUAGCGAGGGCAUGGUGAGGAUGCUUUGGAGUUUUUGA